AUGGACACCGGCGGCAACUCUUUAGCGUCGGGUCCAGACGGAGUGAAGAGAAAGGUGAGUUAUUUCUACGACCCAGAAGUCGGAAAUUACUAUUAUGGCCAAGGGCACCCGAUGAAGCCUCACCGGAUUCGCAUGACCCAUGCCCUUCUCGCCCACUACGGUCUUCUGCAACAUAUGCAGGUCCUCAAACCCUACCCGGCCCGAGACCGGGACCUCUGCCGCUUCCACGCCGACGAUUACGUUUCGUUUCUCCGAAACAUCACCCCCGAAACGCAGCAGGACCAGCUGAGGCAACUCAAGCGGUUCAAUGUGGGUGAGGACUGCCCUGUCUUUGAUGGGUUGUAUUCGUUUUGCCAGACUUAUGCUGGUGGCUCUGUUGGUGGUGCUGUGAAACUCAACCAUGGCUUCUGUGACAUUUCUAUCAAUUGGGCUGGUGGUUUGCACCAUGCUAAGAAGUGUGAAGCUUCUGGGUUUUGCUAUGUCAAUGAUAUUGUGCUAGCAAUCUUGGAGCUUCUUAAGCUGCAUGAGCGUGUUUUGUAUGUGGACAUUGAUAUUCACCAUGGAGAUGGUGUUGAAGAGGCGUUUUACACGACGGACAGGGUCAUGACGGUUUCAUUUCAUAAGUUUGGGGAUUAUUUCCCAGGCACAGGAGACAUUCGCGAUAUUGGGUACGGGAAAGGGAAGUAUUACUCCCUUAAUGUUCCGUUGGACGAUGGGAUUGACGAUGAGAGCUACCAUUACUUGUUCAAGCCCAUCAUUGGGAAGGUGAUGGAAAUUUUUAGGCCUGGUGCUGUUGUUCUCCAGUGUGGUGCUGAUUCUUUAUCUGGGGACAGGCUUGGCUGCUUCAACCUUUCCAUCAAAGGUCAUGCCGAGUGUGUUAGAUAUAUGAGAUCCUUCAAUGUCCCACUCUUGCUUCUAGGUGGCGGUGGCUAUACUAUUCGGAACGUUGCUCGUUGCUGGUGCUACGAGACGGGAGUUGCACUUGGAGCAGAAAUUGAGGACAAAAUGCCACAGCAUGAGUAUUAUGAGUAUUUUGGCCCAGAUUAUACUCUUCAUGUUGCCCCUAGUAACAUGGAAAAUAAGAAUUCUCAUGUGUUACUAGAAGAAAUACGAUCUAAGCUUCUUGAAAACCUCUCCAGGCUUCAGCAUGCACCCAGUGUCCAAUUUCAUGAAAGACCUGAUCCUACUGAGCUUCUGAGUGAUAGAAUACUUGAUGAUCCAAAGGAAAAAGUUGUGUAUCUAAACCGCCGCAAAGCUCCCAUCUUUCUUACUAUUCUUCAAUCUUUGUAUAAUGAAUGUAGCUUGCUAGCGGAUGAAGAUCAGGAUGAUGGAGAUGAGAGGUGGGAUGCGGAUUCUGAUAUGGAUGUUGAUGAUGAACGUAAGCCGUUAUCAAGCAGAGUAAAGAAAGAGAUCGUUGAAACUGAGGUUAAGGAUCCGAAAGGAAGCACAGAGAAUGCUAGAGGCUCAGGCUAUGAUCCAGCAGUAGAAGAGAUUACAACAGGCGCAAAGGCUUUGGAUAUGGGCUCUGGAUCUGCGGAUGAACCGAGUGUGAAGGUUGAACAAGAGACUCUGAAUAAGCCUGCUGAUCAGAUAUAA